GGUGCAUACGAUGACUUUCGUUGUAUACGUAAAUCAAAACUAAAUUAAUGAGUUGCCCUAAUCGAAUGGAUUUUGCACAACUCUUAACUCAAUGGAAAUGUAAAACCCCAAAGCUUUAAGCGUUAAACCCAGAAAGGUCACACAUCAAAUGGCCCUUUCUCUGUCAGCAUCCUUGUUCGACCCUUGGCUCAACAACCAACAUCAUACAAACUCCCUUCCCAAACCUGUGCAACUCAAUACUGUUUCAACCGUCCCUUUCUGUGUUCCAUCUCUCUCGAUUACAGUGUCACCUGUAACUCCUAUAACCCCAACACCAAAACUCGACAAAGACAAGUCUGAUCACUCUUACAACCAUCUGUUCCCUUCACUUUCAUUUUCCAAUAUUCUCUUCUUUAAAUCAGCAUAUAAUGUUCAGGUUAUACCUGGGGAAAAUGAGCCUGAAGAGAAGCUCAUUGGCCGCUUUCGUAGAGAGGUUCUCAGGGCUGGAGUUAUCCAAGAAAGUAAGCGCCGAAGAUUCUUUGAAUCAACUCAGGAAAAAAAGAAAAGAAAGUCUCGUGAUGCUGCCAGACGAAACCGCAAAAGAAGGCCUUUACCAAAAGCUCUACUAGGGGAUACACAGGAAACUUUGAAGGAUGAGGGGUAUAAAUCUGAUGAAGAUAAGUGGGACCUCAUUAAUGUAGAACCACCCUAUACUUGACCUUAAUGAGCAAUGUGAAAAGGAAAUGGCUUGGGAACUAAGGUUUCAUUUGUCGGAUUUUCUUGAAGUACAAAGAGCUGCUGCAUAGUUCUCGCUGAUUUUGCUAUAGAACCUGGCUAUAUCUGCAGUUUGAGGAAUAUAUUCCCCUAAAAUGCACUAGUUUUGGCACAGCGGGUGCCCUAAUGUUUUUCCAAGUUCAUAUUAAAAAUUACAGAAAGGUUGCUGUACAUCUGAAUUUUAGAUUUCCUGCUUUUGCAAUAUGUGGUGAUUGUUUUGUUCCUAAGGAUAUUGGUGAACCCCAACAUUUGUUGUUCAAUUUCUACCA